UAUUGCUGUACAUUGAGACCCAUGUUUUUUAAAUUGACUAAAAAACUACAAUUACAAUGACGAGUAACGCGCAGGUUUAGUAACAGUGCCUUAUCUUAAAUAAAGCAACACCAAGGUUCCGUGAGGUGGGAACCAGGGAGUAGCAGGACUGAAGGCCAGGAUUUGGCGGCCGGAAGGAAGGAGCAGCGUGGCUUCCCUCUCCUCUCAUGUCCCCUCCCUGUGUGUCCUUGCAUGCCAGUGCCCCCUCGUCUCCCCCCCUGUGUCUCACCCCGUCAGCCCUCUGUGUUCCUCCCCCUCAUGCUCGGGACAGACUGGCCUCACUGUCAGACCAAUGACUGCCUGGAUCAUACUGCCUGUCAGCCUGGCUGCCUUCUCUAUCACUGGAAUAUGGAUAGUAUAUGCUAUGGCUGUAAUGAAUCACCAUGUUUGUCCUGUCGAAAACUGGUCGUACAAUGUGACAUGCACAGAGGAAACGGCCAAGCCAGGCUUCCCGAAAACAUGCUGCACACUUCAAGACAUCCCCCUCAUUAGUAAAUGUGGAUCUUACCCUCCAGAAAGCUGUCUGUUCAGUCUCAUCGGUAAUGUGGGAGCUUUCAUGGUGGUGUUGGUGUGUCUGCUUCGUUACGCUCAGAUCAUUGAGCACAGGAGCCACUGCUGGUUGAACACCAGUGGACUCGUGUCUGGAUGCACCAAUGCUUUGGGACUGGUCAUGGUGGGCAACUUCCAGGUGGACCAUGCUAAAACCCUUCACUAUGUAGGUGCAGGUGCCGCCUUCCCAGGAGGCAUUCUUUUCGUGUGCUUGCAGUGUAUGCUGACAUAUCGGGUGGCUAUCACCGCUCUAGACUACUGGAUGGCUUAUGUGCGAGUGGCACUGGCUACUGGUGCUCUAAUCACAUUGGUUCUCAGUGGAAUAUUCUUCAUCCAUGAGAGCUUUGUGCUACAGCAUGCAGCAGCCAUCUGUGAGUGGGUCUUCACUGUAGUCAUCCUUGUAUUCUACGGAACUUUCACCUACGAGUUCGGCACAGUCACAACUGACACCAUGUUGGCCGGCCUCCAGCGGAACUUCUCACAUGGGCCUGGUGUCAUCAUUGGAGACGAUGUCCAAGCAGGUGCCACAAAGGGACUGAAAUCCCCAGGAGGAAGCAGUACCUCCACCCAUCUGAACUGCACUCCUGAGAACAUCGCAAUGCUUUAAUCCUCUUAUUAACACACAUAUCUGCACACACACACACACACACACACACACACACACGGUCACAUACUGCAGGGUGGGAGGCCUCACACUGGUGCUUCCUACAUUAAAGACCACAUUAAAGGAAUAUUCCGAGUUCAAUACAAGUUAAGCUCAAUCAACAGCAUUUGUGGCAUAAUGUUGAUUACCACAAAAAUACAUUUCGACUCGUUCCUCCUUAAAAAAAGAAAGCAGCAAAAAUCGAGGUUACAGUGAGGCACCUAUAAUGGACGUGAAUGGGGCCAAUUUUUGGAGGGUUUAAAUGGAAACGUGAAGCUUAUGAUUUUAUAAAAGUACUUGCAUUAAUUCUUCUGUUAACACUUGUGUAUUAAUUGAGCUCUAAAAAAAAUUAAAUUGAAAUUUUUACAGUCAUUUUAGAGUUUGUUGACAUUACAUCGUCAUGGAAACGAAGUUGUGAAAUUGGCUAUAACUUUACACAGAAAAGGUUAGUGAGUGAUUUUAUCACACUAAAACCAUGUUUACAGGCAUAUCUUUUGUCUUGGAGCUAGACUUUUGAAAGUAUUUUAAUAUUCAAAAAUUGGCCCUGAUUCACUUCCAUUGUAAGUUCCUCACUGGAACCAAAAUUUUUGAGGUUUUUUUAAAGAAAAGAAGUUACGAGUCACAGAUUUUUGUGGUGAUCGAUAUUAUGCAACAAAUGCUGUCGACUGAGCUUGACUUGUAUUGAACCCGGAAUAUUCAUUUAAGGCAGAGAUUAAAGUUGAUAAAGUUUUAGAGGAACCGUCCAAUUAAAGUCAAUGAAGGUUAAAUUGAUAGUUCACCCAAAUAUUCAGCAUUUUCUUACACUCAUGUUGUUCAAAACCAGUAUGACUUUCUCCCGCGGAAGACAAAAAGAGAUGCUAUUAGGCAAAAUAACAACCUCAAUCACCUUUCAGUUUCAUUGCAUCUUUAUUCCAUAAAAUGAAAGUGAAUGGUGUCUAAGACAAUGGUGUCAUUUUGCAACAUAUCCUUUUUUUGUUCCAUUGAAAAAAGAAAGAAAUUUACAUUUUAUUCAUUUGGCAGACGCUUUUAUCCAAAGCGACUUACAAAAGAGGAGGAACAUCAGCGAAUCAUCUUAGGGAGACAGUGGUACAAAAAGUGCCAUAUUACAAAGUUUCACUAUCAUCAUAAUAGUAUACAAAACAGAUUUAAAUGCAACAAGAAAUGUAAAUAAUUUUAUUUAUUUUUUUUUAGUGACCGGUUAAGUGCUUUUGUAAAAGAUGUGUUUUUAGCCGUUUUUUGAAGAUAGAGAGUGAGUUAGAUUCCCGGAUUGAGUUGGGAAGGUCAUUCCACCACCGUGGUAUGAUGAAACUGAAAGAAAUCAUACAAGUUUGGCACAACAUGAGAUAAACAUGAGGAAAUGAUGACAGAAUUUUCAGAUUUGGGUGAACUGUCCCUUUAAGAACAGAUCGGCUUUAAAUGUGACGCAAUAUUACGAUUUGAGAUUGAGUUUUGGCGUUUUCACUCAAGUUUCUGUUACAUGGGCUGUUUUGGAUAAAAAGAACAGACUUUUUUUUAUUUUUUAGAUAAAGAUAGAAUGAGUAUUUUAGCUUUGCUUCAAGGUUAUAGUUGUUGUGGCACAAAUCAAAUGAUUUGUGAGGUUACUUUGCUUUUGCUUGAACUGUUUCACUGGGUGAUGGAAUAUAUUUUUACUGUCACGUUUGCACAAAUGGUUUCUCUUUUUGUGCUUGCAAAUUAAUGAUUUGCACGUAACACGAUGGAUGAAAUCUUAGUUUUAAGUUCUUUUCACUUUAAUGAUUUAUGGGAUUGCAGACUAUCAGGAUCAAAGUAUUAUAUUUUGAUACUCUGAAUGUUCAAAAUUUAGAGGGAACCUCUACAUCUGCCUUUGAGCAAAUGUUUGGAAGUGAAAUCUAAUUUAAACUGUUGAACCAACACUUAUUCUAACUUUAUCCAGUUUUUUUUUUUGUUGUGGCCUUUUAAUGAUGCAGUAGGUAAGAAAAUGUUUUGUCACGAUGGCUUGCUUUUGUGCCGUUUUGUUCUCAUUUUAAUUCCCUGACACGGUGCACCUUGUUUUUUUGCUUAAGAGCAUGGGAAAGUGAUGUAAUGCAAGGUGGCACCAGCUCUAACCUCUGCAAUCCUGGUAUGUUAAAAAUGUGUAGUCUAUUAGAAGUACAUUUUUACUUGCUGUACCUUGAAUACAGGUACACGAAAAAGGUUUUUAUAUUUAAUUUCUUUUAAAAAAAUUUAUUUUUUUCACAGUGUUACUGUCUUCUGUGUCAUGAGACCAUUCACAAACUGCCACAUCCAUUGAGCAUUUUACAUUUUGAUUUACUUUGCCUGCAUACCUUUGAAAAUUCUUGCCAAUUGAUUUUGUGAAUCACCGUGACAUAACUACUCAUAUUUUGUAAAGUUCAAAAGCCACCAUUAACUGGUGUGAAAAGAGUGAAAUUUUACAUUACCACACGAGUUAGUGUCAUAUCUUUUUCUUUUUUGUACAUUUUCUGUUGCCAAAUGAUUUGUCUAAUUUUCUUAAAUAUGUACUGUAUUCCUUUAAUUCUCUCAUGCCAUUUGUUUUUCAGUGUAGCAGUACACCGCCACCAAGAAAGCUACGACAUUUAGAAAAUUAUUCCAGUGCAGUACAGCAAUAUUAUCACAUUUUGAAAUGCAUAAAUGAAUGACAGACAACUGGUCUCCAGGCUGGAACCUAGGAAACCAUGUUUGAACUUUCUGAAGGUUGAGUGGUAAUGGUGGCCUUAAUGUUACUGUAGUAUUCGUUAGAUGAUUCCAGACUUUCAAUCAAAGGGUCCCUAUUGCUUUAAAAGUGUCCCCAAAUUCAUUAUGCUUUAAGGUUUUGAAUUUCACAGAGAAAUGUGCCAGUCAAUGUCUCUGUUUGUUUUGUCGUCCCUUCAGUGGGGCGUUUGUGUUGCCUCCAGUUUCAUGCCAAUGAUGACACUGUAAAUUUAGAUGUGGUCUCUAGGCAUCAUACAUGUUUAUUUCUGUUGAUUCUAUUAUUGGAGAGCUACAGUAUUUGAUGCACUGUUUCUAGCUGCUCUUGUGCAACAGAGGAUUCACGGGGCUGUUUUUAGAUGCACUGUACAACUGCUGGAUAGCGGUUACCUCUCCAAAAAUUAGUUGAUCAUUACAAGAUUCUCAUAAUUUAACUCAAGCCAAACUGCUUAUGAUAGAGGUACAAAUACAGGUCUAUUAGGAUAUUAGGUAACGCAAAGCUGUUUUUUGAGCAUAUAAACCUAAAGUCAAUGUUAACGUAAUAUCUUAUUGAUUGCCUUUUUUGUCACAUCCCAGCAGAAUGAGUGAGCAGCAGGACUGAUGUGAUGAUUGCAAACAGCUGUUGGUUUAAAUUACAUGCAAUGCUUACCAUUGCAUAUUGUGCGUUGUACAUUAUAUUAUCAGACUAAUAGGGCAAUUAUUUAUGUGUGACUUCAGAGCAAAAGUUUGGAAACCUAUUUCUCAGUUUUGUUACUAUCUGAACUAAUAUGAUAAAAGUUUAAGGCCUGGGUCAAGACUGCAUUAUCAUAUUGAAAAUAAUCUAAUAUUUUUGUUUAAUUUUGUUGCCAACUUUUUCAGUGUAUCUGUGCUUGUUAGACAAUGUUGUAAGACCCCCCCACCACCACCACCACAUUAGGAAAAGCCACACUCUGAGGACUAUUUGAAUCUCCUCGCAUGAAAAAUAUUUCAAGUAAAAUAUCUGGCUUUGGUUGAUGAUGAUGUUUCUUUCUUGAAGUCUUUAUGACUUUCAGCUGUAUGUUGUUCUCUGGAUAGAAGAUAUUUUAAGACUUUACCUGAUACAAAUGAAAAAUGAUCAACUUAUGUCUGUUGGGAUUGAAGCAAAGACAUGAGGUUCAUACUCCAAAACUGAAAUAAAAACAAUGCAGAGGAUAUUUUUAUUUUAUAAAAUACUUAUGUAAUUAAGAUUUAUGUAUCAAUUUUAUUUUUCUUCUUAGACAAGAGAUUUAUAUUGAAUAAGUACCAAAAAUCGAAUGAGAAAUAAACAAAUGUAUAUGUAUCUCUGUCUGUGAUGAUUCAAAGAUAAAAACACAUUUCGACAAGGUCACUGUAUGUAUUACAGAAAAUAAGGAAAACUAUUAAGACUACUUUUAAGAUAAAC